CAGCCAACUUUUCCGGCUUCUUGGUCUGGACUUAAGAGUUUGACAAACGUUGAGAUUGAUGCUGUUCAUGGAGAAUUCCCAGACUACAUAGGAAACAGUUGGACCAAAAUUGAGAAUUUGCUAGUCGUGAAUGGACAAUUAAAAGGAAAUUUUCCGAGUUCUCUCUGUAGGCUCAGAAAAAUCCAAAACCUGUUCCUAUAUAAUAAUUCUUUUUCUGGCAAUUUACCAGAUUGCAUCUGCGAGCUACCAAAAUCUUUAGUAGCUUUAGAGCUAUCUGAUAACCAAUUCACUGGGCCGAUUCCAAAAUGCAUUGGAAAGCUAUCGAAUCUAACAAACUUAUAUUUGUCAAGGAACGAGCUAUCUGGAAAUCUUCCAUUAUCAAUGGGCAACUUGACGCAUUUGGAGAUUUUGGACGUAAGCGGUAAUGGGCUGUAUGGAUCAGUACCAUCAACUCUUAAUGACCUGGCUGGAUACACAGUACAGCUUAGUCUGUGCUACAAUAAACUCUCAUCUAUUGACAAUGGAUUGGAGAAACUUUUUGAUUUCGUAAAAGACUAUAGCUGCCUCUUAUACAAUAAUCCUUGGAAUUGUCCCCUGCCAUCUUUUGUACCUAAGGAAUGUACCGCUACUUGUGGUCAAUGUAAUUCCGGAGAGAACCAUAAGUCUUGUACUAAGUGUAUAGGAAGUGAUGGGUGUGGCUGGUGUAACGAAGGAGGGAAUUGUCUCCCUGGGUCGUCCACUACAGGGCCUGAUGAUGAAUAUAAGUGUAAUUCAACUGAUUGGACUUUUGGCUCUAAUGCACAAUGUCCAAGUCAACAAAAACUUUAAGGAUUAUUAGCAUUAUUGUUAUUAAUCAUUGCUGCUUUGCUGUUGUAUGUAUUUUAGUCAUUAUCUAUAAUUGUUAUUUUUCUGUUUGCUUUUUUGCUGAAAUCAUUUCAUUCAUUCAUUGUAAAUGUGACCUUUCUAAAAUAAGAAGUGUAAUUUUUUCAAUAA